AUGUCGCACGAUAAGUAUCAGUCGCCGUUGACUUCGCGUUAUGCCUCCAAGGAGAUGGCUUACAACUUCUCCGAAGACAAGCGUUACUCUACUUGGCGUAAACUUUGGCUCAACCUUGCUAUCGCUGAACAACGCCUCGGUCUCACCGACAUUACCGACAAGGCCAUUGAGGAAAUGCGCGCCAACAUUGACAACAUUGACUAUGAAGUUGCUGCUGCCGAAGAAAAGAAGCGUCGUCACGACGUUAUGGCUCACGUCCACGCCUUUGGUCAAGUGGCUCCUGCUGCAGCUGGUAUCAUUCACUUGGGUGCUACUUCUUGCUAUGUCACUGACAAUGGUGAUUUGAUCAUUUUACGCGAUGCAUAUGACAUUGUCAUCAGAAAGUUGGUGCACGUGAUUGAUAUCUUGAGUCAAUUUGCAAAGGCCUAUCGCGACUUGCCUACCCUUGGCUUCACUCAUUUCCAACCUGCUCAACUUGUCACUGUUGGCAAGCGUGCCACAUUGUGGAUCCAAGAACUCUUGUGGGAUUUGCGUAACUUUGAACGUGCUCGUAACGAUCUCAAACUCCGCGGUGUCAAGGGUACCACUGGUACUCAAGCUUCUUUUAUGGCUCUUUUCAAUGGUGAUCAUGACAAGAUCGAGCAAUUGGAUCAACUUGUGACCGAGCUCUCUGGUUUCAAGGAAGCCUAUCCCGUCUGUGGUCAAACCUAUUCCCGCAAGAUCGACAUUGAUGUCCUUCAUCCUUUGUCUGGCUUCGGUGCUACUGCUCACAAGAUGGCCACUGAUAUCCGUCUCUUGGCCAACUUGAAGGAAAUUGAGGAGCCCUUUGAAAAGGAUCAAAUCGGCAGCUCGGCUAUGGCUUACAAGCGUAACCCUAUGCGUUCGGAACGUGCUUGCUCUCUUUCUCGUCACUUGAUGAUGCUUGUCAACGAUGCUCUUCAAACCAGCGCUGUCCAAUGGCUCGAACGUACUCUCGAUGAUAGUGCCAUUCGUCGUAUUUCGCUUCCUGAAGCUUUCCUCACCACUGAUAUCUUGUUGACUUUGCUUCAAAACAUUUGCGAAGGCAUGGUGGUCUAUCCCAAGGUCAUUGAACGCCGCAUCAAGCAAGAGUUGCCUUUCAUGGCUACUGAAAACAUCAUCAUGGCUAUGGUCAAGAAGGGUGGUGAUCGUCAAGAAUGCCACGAACAAAUCCGUGUCUUGUCGCACGAAGCUGCCCACGUUGUCAAAAUGGAAGGUGGCGAAAACGAUCUCAUUGAACGUAUCAAGAAGACCGAAUACUUUAAGCCUAUCUGGGAUGAGCUUCCCAAGCUUUUGGAUCCUUCCACCUUCAUUGGUCGUGCUCCUGAGCAAGUUGACAACUUUAUCACCAAGCAUGUUGAGCCAGCUCUUGCUCCCUAUAGCGAUGUUCUCAAGGAACGUACCAAGGCUGAACUCUCUGUUUAA